AUGGAACAGCCCCCUGGCUUUGUUGACCCUCAGUUUCCAAAUCAUGUAUGCCGUCUUAAAAAGGCGAUAUAUGGUCUAAAGCAAGCUCCUCUUGCAUGGUAUCAACGACUCAGUGACUUUCUCAUACGCAUUGGAUUUUUCUGUAGUCGUUCUGAUCCCUCGUUGUUCAUUUAUAAUCGUGGCUCAUCCACUAUAUAUCUCUUAGUUUAUGUUGAUGAUAUAAUUUUGACAGGAAAUUCUUAUAAUGUCUUGAAAUCUGUCAUCUCUCGUCUUCAUCAAGAAUUUGCCAUCACUGACCUUGGAAAACUAGGUUAUUUUUUGGGUCUUGAAGUCACUUAUACUUCGUCUGGCAUUUUCUUGAAUCAGGCUAAAUAUGCUCGUGAUAUCCUUCAACGAGCAUCUCUUGAAGAGUCAAAACCUGUCUCUACACCCUUGGCUGCAGGUUGUCAACUUUCAAAGGACGGCCAGCCAUUUGAGGAUCCUACUUUAUAUCGGUCAUUAGUCGGAUCGCUACAAUAUCUGACAAUUACACGUCCUGAUUUAUCUUUUGCAGUAAAUCUUGUCAGUCAGCAUCUUCAACACCCUACCAUUGCUCAUUUUCAAGCAGUAAAACGAAUUCUUCGCUAUGUAAAACAUACUCCAGCCUUUGGCUUAAGUUUUACACGUAGCUCUUCGUUUUCUCUUGUUGCAUAUUCAGAUGCCGACUGGGCUCGUUGUGUUGAAACUAGACGAUCUACAUAUGGCUAUUCUAUUUUCCUUGGCGGAAAUCUAGUAUCUUGGAGUGCCAAGAAACAACCAACAGUCUCUCGCUCUAGCUGUGAAUCCGAGUAUCGAGCUCUUGCAAAUACAGCUUCUGAAAUGGUGUGUGCGCUUCAACUUCUUCGUGAGCUUCAAGUCCAGCUGUCUUCUUGCCCGACUCUUUAUUCAGAUAACAAUAGUGCUAUCUUUCUCAGUCAGAAUCCGAGCUCUCAUAAACGUGCUAAGCACAUUGAUAUUGACUUCCACUUUGUUAGGGAGCUUGUUUCCAAUGGUCAGCUAGAGACUCGAUAUGUAUCAUCAGACUUGCAGGUUGCAGACAUUUUCACGAAAGCUCUCCAUCGUCCUUUGUUUGAAUUUUUCAGAGACAAGCUACGCGUUGGACCUCAUCCGACGUCUUGCUUGAGGGGGGAUGAUAGCAUAAAAUAA